GUCCAUUCAUAUGGAUGACGUGUUAAUAAUGCGACCGGGUUUUCCCACGUGAGUAGUAGCAAUCAUGGCUGCUGUGUGCUGUGCGGGAGAAUGGCUGGUGAUGAGCAGCUCGCAUUAUUUAAUAGCUGUGAAUAUCAAAGAGAACAGGGAACCAUUCGUGUUUGACUGCACUAAAGCAGAGCCGAAACCAAAGGAAGCUGAAACUGACAAAAGUGAUGGUGGAGGUUCUCAGGAGAAAGGAAGUGACCAGAUUCUCGCUCUCGCCUUGUCAGCAUCGGGAAAGUACGCUGCUCUGACGGAUGACAACAAAAGACUGGUUCUGUUUCGCACCCAACCGUCAUGGCAGUGCAUCAGUACAAGGUGGGUGGUGCGCAGGUGUACCUCUCUGGUGUUCAGUCAGGCCGAGGAUGAGCUGUUUGUGGCGGAUAAAUCUGGAGAUGCAUAUUCAUUCUCUGUUCUGGAGCCACAGAAGCUGGGUGAGCUGAAGCUGGGUCAUCUCUCCAUGCUACUGGGCAUCACUCUGUCUCCAGAUGAUAAGUACAUCAUCACAGCAGACAGAGAUGAGAAGAUCAGAGUGAGCCUUUGCAGAUCCCCGUACAACAUCCAGGCCUUCUGUUUGGGACACACAGAGUUUGUCAGUGCUCUGUGUGUUCCAGCUGGACAUCCUGAAUGGCUCCUCUCAGGCUCAGGGGACGGCACCAUGAAACUUUGGCAUUAUGAGUCCGGUCGGCGGUUACAGAGCAUUGACCUGCAGCAGCAUGGCGUUACACAGAGCUCUGAUACGGACACUGAAAAGCCACUGAGGUUUGCUGUGAGUCGGAUCAUCAGCUCGCCAGAUGGACGCCAUGUAGCUGUGCAGUGUGAGAGUUUUCCCUCCAUUCAGCUGUUUGCAGUAGAGGAAGGAUCAGAUGGACGUUUGACUCUGACUGAGACACUCGCUCUGCCUCAAAAUCCCUGGGAUAUGACCUUUGACCCUCAAGGUCGGCUCUGGAUCUUACUGGAGAACAAGGACACAAAUGUACUUCUGUACACACACACAGAGGAGCACUGGCAGAGUGAGUCAGAAAGCCCUGAUCUGCAUAGAGUAUCAGAAACACUGCAUACCCAGUGGGAGCUCUUCAAAGCCUCCAUCUGUGUGGAGAGUCGGUUCCAUCACCUCUAUAAGGUGAACUUCGACAACAUGGCAUCGUAUUUACAGAAGAAAAAGGAACGACUGCAGCAGCAGAAUCAGCAGGGAGGAAAGAAGAGAGCAGCACGGCAGUCGAAUGGGGCAGCAAAGAAAAGCAAGACGGAGAAUAAAAGCGGAGAUGUUUCUCAGAAAUGCAGCUCGGAGAGCUAGAACCUGGGAGAGACGCAGCAGAUUUAGGGUUUUAUUAGACGGUCAGUGUAUUGGUGGACAUUCCUCUCCAUUCAGAUUUCAUCCUGUAUUUCACAUUUAUGUAUUAUAUUUUUGGAUAUGCACAAAAAUCGAAAGAUUGAAAAUGAAUUUUAAAAUAAAUGCUUUUUGUUUCCUGUAUUGUGUGUAAAAUAUUUUUGGCCCUGAAGCUGAAUCCAAUCACAUUCAAGCACAGUUUCUUAAUAUUUUCCUUUUUUAACCAACAAUGCAGACUGCAAAUGUAUAAAAUAUACAUACAAAUGUAAUCACUGAAACUCAUUGAGGUUUAUCUAACAUUUGAAUUUUAAGUUUUGAGGGUAUAGUAGCACAGUUAAAGCGAAGUGUUACAGGAUUUAUCCAACAGGUGGAGCUAGUGGAAAAGCUACCCAUCUAGAACAUUCGAGUUCAGCUCCAUUAUAUGAUGUUACUGUUCCAUCCAUCCAUCCGUUCUCUGUACCGCUUAUCUUUGUCUGGUGUUUUUUUUUUUUUUUUUUUUUUUUAUACCUAGUAUACAGUGGCAGCAUGUUGAACAGACUGAGUGCGCACCUGUUAUAAAACAGACCAGAAGAGCUAGAUGACAUAACCAUAUUUUCAUUGUGGCGCCUACACACUUGAUUAAAAGGCUCACUUCACACUCA